AUCACUAUCACAGAGUUGAACCACCAUGAAAACAGGGUGACAAACACAACCUAAGACAGGAGGUGAAGUGUGUUAGGCACCAUGUGUGAUGGUAAUGAUGACAUGAAUGAUAAACAGCCACCAGUAAGGUGUACAGAUAGAGAGGUGCUCUGCUCCGGUGUGUCUUUCUGUCCAGUGCUGUGUGUAUGUCGAGAUGAGUGCGUGGACACAGCGUGAUCCCAGCGAUUGAUGAUUACCCUGGAAGUGUGUGUGUGAUCAGUUCAUGUUGUUGGAGCUGGUGUCGAGACCCUGAACCUGUCAUGGAAUCGGGAAAGCAGCUGACCGGCACUCUAACCCUAGCAGUGUUUUCAGCAGUCUUGGGUUCUCUACAGUUCGGAUACAGCCUGGGAGUCAUCAAUGCGCCACAGAAGGUGAUAGAGCAGCAUUAUGGGCGGUCCCUGGGGGUGCUCCCUGAGGAGCCUCUCCUCCUAUCAGAGAACAGUACAGAGACAGAGAAGCAGGAAGUGCAUCCCUCUGUGGUCAUGUAUUGGUCUCUGUCUGUGUCGAUCUUCUCCAUUGGGGGAAUGGUGUCGUCCUUCCUGGUGGGCUUCAUUGGAGACCUGAGAGGAAGGGUGAAGGGCAUGUUGAUGGUGAAUGUGUUAGCAGUAAUAGCAGGUCUACUGAUGGUGAUGGCUAAGAUGUGGAAACCUCACGUCAUGGUCAUCGCUGGACGAUGUGUCAUGGGAUUCUACUGUGGUCUGUCCUCAGGGCUAGUUCCUAUGUAUAUAGGGGAGAUCGCUCCCAUGGCCUACAGAGGAGCUCUGGGAACCUUACAUCAACUGGCUACUGUUACUGGUAUACUACUGAGUCAGGUGCUAGGUCUAGAGUUCCUCCUGGGUAAUGACUACUACUGGCCACUGCUGCUGGGUCUGUCUGGAGCUCCUGCUGUGUUACAGUCUCUACUGCUGCCACUGUGUCCUGAAAGUCCCAGAUACCUCUACAUCAAGAGAGGCAUGGUGGAGGAGGCCAAGAAGAGUCUGCAUCGUCUGAAGGGAGAGUAUGACCCAUCAGCUGACCUGGAGGAGAUGAGGAGGGAGAAGGAGGAGCUGGAGAAGGAGGCGCAAGUCUCUAUCGCUGUCCUGGUGCGAUCAUCUCUCUACAGGCAGCAGCUGUUUGUAGCCCUGAUGAUGCAUUUCUCACAACAACUGUCUGGAAUUAACGCUGUGAGUUACUGAGAAAACGGGGGAAAGAGGGAACAACUGUCUGGAAUCAACGCUGUGAGUGAGAGAAAGAGGGAAAAGCUGUCUGGAAUCAACGCUGUGAGUUGCGGAGAAAGAGGGAACAACUGUCUGGAAUCAACGCAGUGAGUUGCUGAGAAACAGGGAACAACUGUCUGGAAUCAACACUGUGAGUAACUGAGAAACAGGGAACCACUGUCUGGAAUCAACGCUGUGAGAUGCGGAGAGAGAGGGGGAGAGAGGGAACAACUACCUGGAAUCAACGCUGUGAGUUGCUGAGAAACAGGGAACAACUGUUUGGAAUCAACACUGUGAGUUGCGGAGAGAGAGAGUGAACAACUGCCUGGAAUCAACGCUGUGAGUUGCUGAGAAACAGGGAACAACUGCCUGGAAUCAACGCUGUGAGUAACUGAGAAACAGGGAACAACUGUCUGGAAUUAACGCUGUGAGUUCCUGAGAGAGAGGGGGAGAGAGGGAACAACUGUCUGGAAUCAUCGCUGUGAGUGAGAGAAAGAGGGAACAACUGUCUAGAAUCAACGCUGUGAGAUGCGGAGAGAGAGAACAACUACCUGGAAUCAACGCUGUGAGUUGCGGAGAGAGAGAGGGAACAACUGUCUGGAAUCAACGCAGUGAGUUGCUGAGAAACAGGGAACAACUGUCUGGAAUCAACGCAGUGAGUUGCGGAGAAAGAGGGAACAACUGUCUGGAAUCAACGCUGUGAGAUGCUGAGAAACAUGGAACAACUGUCUGGAAUCAACACUGUGAGUAACUGAGAAACAGGGAACCACUGUCUGGAAUCAACACUGUGAGUAACUGAGAAACAGGGAACCACUGUCUGGAAUCAACGCUGUGAGAUGCUGAGAAACAGGGAACAACUGUCUGGAAUCAACACUGUGAGUUGCGGAGAGAGAGAGGGAACAACUGCCUAGAAUCAACGCUGUGAGUUGCGGAGAAACAGGGAACAACUGUCUGGAAUUAAUGCUGUGAGUUACUGAGAGAGAGGGAACAACUGUCUGGAAUCGACGCUGUGAGGAACUGAGAAACAGGGAACAACUGUCUGGAAUUAACGCUGUGAGUUACUGAAAACAGGGAACAACUGUCUGGAAUUAACGUUGUGAGUAACUGAGAGAGAGGGAACAACUGUUUGGACUCAACACCGUGAGUUACUCAGAGAGAGGGAACAACUGUCUGGAAUCAAUGCUGUGAGUUGCUGAGAAACAGGGAACAACUGCCUGGAAUCAACGCUGUGAGUAACUGAGAAACAGGGAACAACUGUCUGGAAUUAACGCUGUGAGUUACUGAGAAAACGGGGGAGAGAGGGAACAACUGUCUGGAAUCAUCGCUGUGAGUGAGAGAAAGAGGGAACAACUGUCUAGAAUCAACGCUGUGAGAUGCGGAGAGAGAGAGAACAACUACCUGGAAUCAACGCUGUGAGUUGCGGAGAGAGAGAGGGAACAACUGUCUGGAAUCAACGCAGUGAGUUGCUGAGAAACAGGGAACAACUGUCUGGAAUCAACACUGUGAGUAACUGAGAAACAGGGAACCACUGUUUGGAAUCAACACUGUGAGUAACUGAGAAACAGGGAACCACUGUCUGGAAUCAACGCUGUGAGAUGCUGAGAAACAGGGAACAACUGCCUGGAAUCAACGCUGUGAGUAACUGAGAAACAGGGAACAACUGUCUGGAAUUAACGCUGUGAGUUACUGAGAAAACGGGGGAGAGAGGGAACAACUGUCUGGAAUCAUCGCUGUGAGUGAGAGAAAGAGGGAACAACUGUCUAGAAUCAACGCUGUGAGAUGCGGAGAGAGAGAGAACAACUACCUGGAAUCAACGCUGUGAGUUGCGGAGAGAGAGAGGGAACAACUGUCUGGAAUCAACGCAGUGAGUUGCUGAGAAACAGGGAACAACUGUCUGGAAUCAACACUGUGAGUAACUGAGAAACAGGGAACCACUGUUUGGAAUCAACGCUGUGAGUAACUGAGAAACAGGGAACCACUGUCUGGAAUCAACGCUGUGAGAUGCUGAGAAACAGGGAACAACUGUCUGGAAUCAACACUGUGAGUUGCGGAGAGAGAGAGAGGGAACAACUGCCUAGAAUCAACGCUGUGAGUUGCGGAGAAACAGGGAACAACUGUCUGGAAUUAACGCUGUGAGUUACUGAGAGAGAGGGAACAACUGUCUGGAAUUGACGCUGUGAGUUGCUGAGAAACAGGGAACAACUGUCUGGAAUUAACGCUGUGAGUUACUGAAAACAGGGAACAACUGUUUGGAAUUAACGUUGUGAGUAACUGAGAGAGAGGGAACAACUGUCUGGACUCAACACCGUGAGUUACUCAGAGAGAGGGAACAACUGUCUGGAAUCAAUGCUGUGAGUUACUGAGAAAGAGGGAUCAACAUUUCUGGAUCCAACUCUGUGAGUAACUGAGAAACAGGGAACCACUGUCUGGAAUCAACGCUGUGAGAUGCGGAGAGAGAGGGGGAGAGAGGGAACAACUGUCUGGAAUCAACGCUGUGAGUUGCUGAGAAACAGGGAACAACUGUUUGGAAUCAACACUGUGAGUUGCGGAGAGAGAGAGGGAACAACUGCCUGGAAUCAAUGCUGUGAGUUGCUGAGAAACAGGGAACAACUGCCUGGAAUAACGCUGUGAGUAACUGAGAAACAGGGAACAACUGUCUGGAAUUAACGCUGUGAGUUACUGAGAAAACGGGGGAGAGAGGGAACAACUGUCUGGAAUCAUCGCUGUGAGUGAGAGAAAGAGGGAACAACUGUCUAGAAUCAACGCUAUGAGAUGCGGAGAGAGAGAGAACAACUACCUGGAAUCAACGCUGUGAGUUGCGGAGAGAGAGAGGGAACAACUGUCUGGAAUCAACGCAGUGAGUUGCUGAGAAACAGGGAACAACUGUCUGGAAUCAACGCUGUGAGAUGCUGAGAAACAUGGAACAACUGUCUGGAAUCAACACUGUGAGUAACUGAGAAACAGGGAACCACUGUCUGGAAUCAACGCUGUGAGUAACUGAGAAACAGGGAACAACUGUCUGGAAUCAACACUGUGAGUAACUGAGAAACAGGGAACCACUGUCUGGAAUCAACGCUGUGAGUAACUGAGAAACAGGGAACCACUGUCUGGAAUCAACACAGUGAGUAACUGAGAAACAGGGAACCACUGUCUGGAAUCAACGCUGUGAGUAACUGAGAAACAGGGAACCACUGUCUGGAAUCAACGCUGUGAGAUGCUGAGAAACAGGGAACAACUGUCUGGAAUCAACACUGUGAGUUGCGGAGAGAGAGAGGGAACAACUGUCUGGAAUCAACACUGUGAGUUGCGGAGAGAGAGAGGGAACAACUGCCUAGAAUCAACGCUGUGAGUUGCGGAGAAACAGGGAACAACUGUCUGGAAUUAACGCUGUGAGUUACUGAGAGAGAGGGAACAACUGUCUGGAAUCGACGCUGUGAGGGACUGAGAAACAGGGAGCAACUGUCUGGAAUUAACGCUGUGAAUUGCUGAGAAACAGGGAACAACUGUCUGGAAUUAACGCUGUGAGUUACUGAAAACAGGGAACAACUGUCUGGAAUUAACGUUGUGAGUAACUGAGAGAGAGGGAACAACUGUCUGGAAUCAACACCGUGAGUUACUCAGAGAGAGGGAACAACUGUCUGGAAUCAAUGCUGUGAGUUACUGAGAAAGAGGGAUCAACUGUCUGGAUCCAACGCUGUGAGUAACUGAGAGAGUGGGAUCAACUGUCUGGAAUCAACACUGUGAGUUAGUGAAAGAGAGGGAACAACUGUCUGGAAUCAAUGCUGUGA